AUGUCGCUCAGCUUUUACACACAGCUCGCCAACAACUUUGGAAGUUUACUGGAAUGGGCUGAUGAUUUCAACACAAUUAUUCAAGUUGGCAAACAGCCUGAAAUAAAGUCGUUUGAGGCACACUCGGUGGUCUUGCGAGCCAGGUCUGAGUAUUUUCGAACCGCGCUUUCGAGCAGUUGGUCAAGAAAACAAGGGGGUAAAUAUAUAUUUGAGAAGCCGAACAUAUCCCCAAAAGUAUUCGAGAUUAUAAUAAAAUAUAUUUACAGCGGCACGUUAAGCGUCAAAGAUUAUGAAGGAGAGGACAUGUUUGGGUUGCUUAUAGCUGCUGACGAAAUGUUACUAGAGGAACUCAUCUAUCCAAUACAAGAACAUAUUAUUCGAGAAAGAACAAAAUGGGUAAAAGAGAAUCUUCCAAGAGUGUUGGAUGUAUGCAUGAAACGAGAUUGGUGCGACAAACUCCGAGAUCAUUGUAUAAAUACAUUAUGUGCAGAACCGCGUUGGUUCUUUGAAUCUGACGAUUUCACAUCUGUCGAGGAGACUACGUUAUUAAAAAUUCUCACUUGCGAUAAUAUAUGCCUGGAGGAGGGCCAAAUUUGGGAUUACUUGAUUAAAUGGGCUAUUGCCAACACACCAAAUAUACGAAAUAAUGUAUCCGAAUGGAGUUAUCCUAGGGAUUUUUUUGCAAUAAGACGGACAUUAAGUAGAAGCCUUCCGUUGAUAAGAUACUCUCAGAUUUCAUUCACAGAUUUACAAGAGAAAGUCAAGCCAUACGAAAAAAUAUUUUACAAGACUCCGCAAGUAACAAAAUUAUUUCGAUUCCGACACGUCGCUGAAGUACCGUUUCAGCUACCAGAACACGAAGGUCUCUCAAUAUCGAACAGGCCAUUAGAUUCAAAUAUAAUAUCCAAUUCACAGGCUUCUCUCAUUGCUCUUUGGAUAGAUGGAAAGACUCUUACGGAGAAAAUGCCGUUAAAAGCAUUGAUGCCAAUGUCUUAUGGAUUCAAACUGCUCUAUCGAGGUAGCCGGGAUGGAUUCUCAGCAAAAAUGUUCCAUAAUCGGUGCGAUAACAAAGGCCCAACAAUCGUAGUGGUGAGGAUAGAAAAAAAGCAAGACGAAAAAAAGCAAGACGAAAAAAAGCAAGACGAAAAAAAGCAAGACGAGUAUAAUAAAACGGGCGUGCGAGAAGUAAUAGGAGGCUACAAUCCGAUUGGGUGGAGUAGUCCCAAACAAGUAGAGUGGCGAGAAACCUCAGACAGUUUCAUAUUUUCAAUGGGUGACGGUAAUCUGAGGAAAGCGAAUGUAGAGCGUAUCCAAGAAGACAAUAGAAAACAGGCAAUACAACUCAGCGAGCAACUGGGACCGUGUUUUGGAUUUUAUGAUAUCAAAAUAAUUGACGAGGCACAUGAAUGUAAAUCGAAUUAUGGUACUGCCGGUUUUCGUUACGGAAGAAUCCGAGACAAAAGCGGCUAUUUCGGUGUCGAUGACUAUGAGGUCUUUCAAGUUAUCAAAAAGUAG